CCUACAGUCGCGCUACAUUGAGUCAAAUGUUGAUAUAUCAUCCAAAAGUAAUAUUGUGAUUUGUAACUAAACAUUUUUUUCCCGCAUCACUAAUCCAAAUGAUAUUAUCAAUCUAUAGCUGUGUGCCUCUGUGUCUGUCCUUCCUGACUUUGCGCUCAUUACAAAAUGGGCUGUGACGAUGAAGGCACUGGCCAUUAAAUAUUCAGAGGGACUGGAGGCUUCUGGUAAAGAGCAGGGCCUGUACACAGGGGACUGCUGCUGUUCUCUCACAACAGCCACUGGGAUUUUAAAGGGGGAGCUCAGCUGUGGUUGGCUUGCUGGAAAGUACUCUCCAUUUAGUCUGACCUUGCUGACGGACGGUGUUAGGUGGCUCUGGGGUAAAGUUUCCCCUAGGUACAGAUCUAGGAUCAGCUUCCCCUUCCCCAAUCCGAACCUUAACCAUUAGUGGGGGAAAUGCAAAACUGACCCAAGAUCAGCGUCUAGGGGCAACUUCACCCUCCACCAUUUCAGUGCCUCAGGGACACAUGGAUGACGUUUGGGCUGAUUGGUUUCUCUCUUCAGGUUUCGACCGGGGGAAAGAAGAUUCCCUGCCUCCGAAAGAGGACUCCUCUCACUCCAUAUCCAAGAGCAAGUCAGAGUCCAAGCUCUACAAUGGCUCCGACAAGGAUGUCUCGUCGUCCGGUAACAAGCUCACCAAGAAGGAGUCGCUCAAGGUACAGAAGAAGAACUACCGUGAAGAGAAGAAAAGAGCCACCAAGGAGCUCCUCAGCACCAUCACAGACCCCUCUGUUAUUGUCAUGGCUGACUGGCUCAAGAUCCGGGGUACUCUGAAGAGCUGGACCAAGCUGUGGUGUGUGCUGAAGCCGGGGGUUCUUCUCAUCUACAAGACCCAUAAGAACGGCCAGUGGGUGGGCACGGUGCUGCUCAACGCCUGUGAGCUCAUCGAGAGACCCUCAAAGAAGGACGGCUUCUGUUUCAAACUCUUCCACCCGCUGGAGCAGUCCAUCUGGGCAGUCAAGGGUCCUAAAGGAGAGGCGGUGGGUUCCAUCACACAGCCAUUACCCGGCAGCCACCUCAUCUUCCGCGCCACCUCUGAGUCAGACGGCCGUUGUUGGAUGGAUGCUCUGGAGCUGGCUCUGAAGUGCUCCGGCCUCCUGAAGCGGACCAUGAUCCGCGAGGGCAAGGAGGAGCUGGCCAGCACGGCCGGGGAGAGCUCCCAAAUUAACUUCUACAGCCUGCUGCGAGCCCACAACAUGCAGGGUUUCCAGUGAGUCUGCCCAGCCUACAGUACGGUC